AUGCAGAGGGAAAGAGAAGGCAGAGAAAUUCCCAUCCAUUUCGGCAGCUCGUUUGAUAUUUUUGGGGAUAUUGGUGGUUUUAGACCACAUAGGAGUAUGUUUUCCAGCAUUUUUGGGGGAAGGGAUCCAUUUGAUGAUCCAUUUUUCACUCGUCCAUUCAAUAGUGUAUUUGAGCCCAGUAUGAUUGGUUCAAGUGCUUCUGCCAGUGAGUCUCCAAGGGUUCGUAAAUCAAAGGGACCAGUUAUUGAGGAGCUUAACACCGAUGAUGAGGGAGAAGGGGAGGAAGAAGGAGGUGAUACUGAUGCUGGGGAGAAAAGUGAUAGAGCUAGAAAGAAUUCUGGUGCAAAUGAAAAUCCCCUUGUUGAGCACCCGGAUGACCAAAUUGAUGAGAGGAAGAGCAAGGAUGUGUCUUAUAGGGCCCAACAUAAAACGAUGGAAAGGCCACUAACUCAUACUCGGAAUGUCAGUUACCAGAGAGUCACAUAUGGUGGUAUAAAUGGUGCUUACUAUACUGCUACAUCGUCUCGGAGGACCGGCAGCGAUGGAGUCGUGCUGGAGGAAAGCAAACAAGCCGAUAGAACAACUGGUCAAGCAACACAUAGGAUCUCUAGAGGAAUACAUGACAAGGGACAUUCGCUUGUGAGGAAGCUCAAUUCAGAUGGCAAGGUGGAUACAAAGCAGGCUCUUCAUAAUUUGCAUGAAGAUGAGCUUGCCGGUUUUGAACAAGCUUGGAAUGGUAAUGCUGAUAAGCAUUUGCCCGGUUGGAAUGAUGGAUUUGAUUUCCAUGAGAAUGCAGGGGCUAGUGGCAGCGAGCGGAAAAGGCAAUCAAGUUGGGGUGGUUGGGCUCUGCCAUUCACAGAGCCCCUUGGAAGAGCUGGAGGAGUGGCAGAUCGUAGUGAAUCCAAUACUACGUCGGGCAGAAGAUCCAAAAAGAAAAGGAAGAAAGACAAUAGCUUCCUCACAAACUUAUCAGCCGCAUCAGAAAAACUCAAGAUUUUCAAUGCAGAUCUCGAUAUUCCAGAGAGUUUUGAUGCAGCAAUUGCAGGAUGCAUCGGAGUGUUUCAUCUUGCCCACCCCAUAGAUUUGGAGGACAAAGAAACAAUGAUCAACCGAUCCAUCUAUGGGACCCUAAGCAUUUUAAAGGCAUGCCUCGAGUCAAAGACAGUGAAACGAGUGGUAUACACCUCCAGUGCAGCAAGUGUUGUAUUUAGCAACAUGGGAUUAGAUGUACUGGAUGAAAGCACAUGGACUGAUGUAGGUUUGAUUAGAGCUGCAAAACCAUUUGGAGCUUCAUACUUGCUUACCAAGACAUUAACUGAAAAAGCAGCCUUAGAUUUUGCAGAAGAACAUGGAUUGGACCUCGUGACUGUCAUUCCAUUUUAUCCAUGGCCCCUUCAUCUGUCCUCGUUUGCCCGCUCAGUGCAGAAGACAAUGGCCAUGAUUUUGGGUGAUAAGGACCAAUAUAAGUAUCUUACUAGUACACCUCUCGUGCACGUAGAUGUGGCCACUGCACAUAGUUUCCUUCUUGAAUAUCAGAUCGCAAAAGGAAGUUCGUUCAAGGAGAUCAAAGGGAGUAAACUUUUGAGCCUCUCAUCAAAAAAACUCUUGGAUACUGGUUUCCAGUACAAGUAUGUGGUUGAGGAUAUGUACGAUGAAGCAAUUCAAUGCUGCAAACAAAAGGGUUUUCUCUAA